AAUUCCCCAAUAUAACGUGCGUAUAACUAAGUGCAAUGUUGGGGAUACGUCUUUUUCUCUGUAAAGUUGCAAUCACCAUCCCAGAUGUCCUCAAUCAACAAACAAGGAAUACAUUUAUUUUAAGAAGGAAGCAUCCACCAGCUCUUCACAAAAAAGGCGGGCGACCACCGAAAUUGCGGUCGAGACAUUUCAUUUACGACUUGGUGGAGGACACUAAUACUAUUAAACAACCAGACAUGAAAGUGAUUUUGACUCAGUUUGUUGACGGAGUGGGUAACCCAGGUGAAGUGCUGAGCCUCCGUCCUAAUCAAGCAUACAGGCAAUUCCUCAUGCCAGGACUGGCGGUUUAUGCAAAUUCGGAUAAUUUGGAGAGAUAUAAAGUUGAUGAAGCAAAGCCUAAAAUGGAGAAGCAGUAUAGUUCCCCAUAUGUGCAGAGGACUAUGGGCUGUCUGUCUCGCCUUGUACUGCAAAUCACCAUGAACAAAUUUCAACCAUGGAUUCUAGAACCUUGGCAUGUGAGGGCAUCAUUACGCAAAUCAGGUUUCAUAGUCCCUGAGUACGCCAUUGAAAUGCCUCCAGAGCAAAUAAAGGGGCCCGACCUAUCACUGCAGGAUAAAGAGUUUUAUAUCACUAUAUCUAUAAAUAAAACAGAGAAAGUAAAUGUAAGAUGUCGAAUCCACCACUGGGCCACUGGACUCGACAAGCUGCCUUGGGAAGAUCAGCAUUGGAAGAAACCUAAAGAACCCCUCUUUCCAGAACAAGCCGAAGUCUUGGAAAAAAUGCCGCUCCCUCAAUGAUGUCAUAGAACAGAAUUUAAUACACAUAUUUAAGUUUAGAAAAUAAAUGAAAUAAAACCAAAAAGUUUUUUAGUAAUGUGUUACGUAAAACUUAUUUUUUUGUACGAAAUAGGAAUUCAACUAAGGUUUAACCCAACGAAG